AUGUCUGCAAUAGUGUGCGGGAAGAAAUCUUUCUUCGAAGAGAUACUAACAAUGUCAUCGCCGGUGUCGGGGUCACCGCUGGUUUCCAAGAAACGUUGCUACACAUCCGCCACCUCCCUAGUUCGAUUCUCCUACUCGCCACCGAUGAGUCUUAUUGAUCAACUCAAUGCUUUGUUUCCUGAUAUGGACAGUGAGCUUCUUGAGAAAGUUUUGGAAGAAUCUGGCAAUAAUUUAGAUGCUGCUAUCAAGAGCCUGCUAGGCCUUUGUGUUGGAUAUGUAGAAGGUGCAGAGAACAACUCGAUUGUGGAGGGGGAGGAGAGGAGGGAGAAGGGGAGGCGACGGGAAUGGUGGAGACGAAAUUGA